AUGUUCAUUUCCAUUCGGGAAAGGCAAAUGAUCAACUAUAUAACAUCAGUGUCACAACAAGGAAAUUACAAAUAACUACUGCAUAUAAUAUAGCUAGGGAGAGGAACUGCGCGCAUACAGAUACAGCUAGAGCUCGAUCACUGCACCUAGCAUAGGUAGCUAGCAGCAAGAGGAGGAAGAAGAAGAAGAUCGAUCGGAUAGAAUUUGAAGAAGAAGAAGAAGAAGAAGAUGCAGGACUGGGCGCCGGUGUUCAUCUCCUUGGUGCUCUUCAUCUUGCUGUCGCCGGGGCUGCUGUUCCAGAUGCCCGCCAAGUCGCGCCUCAUCGCCUUGGGCAACUUCCAGACCAGCGUCGCCUCCAUCCUCGUCCACACCAUCCUCUUCUUCGUCCUCGACGCCAUCUUCCUCGUCGCCAUCGGCGUCCAGAUCCAGCUCGGAACCUCCUAAUUAUAUGGAUGCAUGAUUAAAAUCGAUGACUGUUCCUUCACUUGUUAAUUUGUAAACUUUUUAGCUUUACUGUACCCAUAAACAUACGGAUAUGCGCGCAUGUAUAUUUGUAAUAUUUAGCUUUGUGUGUGAAUAUAAUGUUCUUUUGAUUAA